UAGGUGGGUUUUGGAGAGAUCAGGAAAACGACAGCGCGAUAAAAAUUAGAAUUGUUGCACUUCACAAAUUAAUGACCAUGAGUUCCUACUUGAUCAAUUCAAAUUACAUCGAACCCUCUUUCCCACCGUGUGAGGAGUAUCAACAGAAUGGCUACAUCCCCGUCUCUUCUGACUACUACGAGCGACAGAAAGAUUCGGGUUUUCCCCAUCACGAAGAGGCAACAUACCCGCGGUCAAACUAUCAAGACCCGAGCUUUGAUUACGGUAACCUCUCAACCAACAGUCUAAUCGAUUUCAACGAUCGGCAUCACAUACAACCUCAGUCUGUUACCCCAAAUCAUGGGCCCCACCUCAGUACCGAGAGCUGCACGGGAGCGGCGGCAACCAAGGACUGCAGCGUCGCCACAGAGGCGCUCUCUAACCCACAAGAAGGGAAAGAGCCCGUGGUCUAUCCCUGGAUGAAGAAAGUCCACGUUAAUACCAUGACCGCUAACUAUUCUGGAGGAGCGCCUAAGAGGUCACGCACCGCCUACACUCGCCAGCAAGCGCUGGAGCUUGAGAAGGAGUUUCACUUUAACCGAUACCUGACCCGCCGUCGGCGGGUGGAGAUAGCACACACCAUGUGUUUGUCGGAGCGACAAGUAAAGAUUUGGUUCCAGAACCGCCGCAUGAAGUGGAAGAAAGAUCACAAGUUGCCCAAUACAAAGAUCCGCUCCGCGAACUCUUCGUCCUCCAACCAUCCAGUCAAAACGGACGCGAACCAGCAUCAGCAGACACUGCUUCCCACGCCGUGUUCAACGAGCCUAUAGUUACGGAGGAACGUCAGAACCGACAGAACUGCGCGAGGCAGAACACUACACGGAACAGUAUUCGCAUCGAAACUUCACAGGGUCACUUUCUAUUUAAAGUUGGGUGGGACAGCUACACUCCACCCGCUCGUUUGUUUCAUCGCUCGUCUUAUCCUCUGAAUUCAAACAUUUUCAGAUGGAAAAUGUAUCCGUCCGACAUGGUUAGAUGGCAUUUUUCUUUUUUAUUGAACAAUGGCGUAGCCUAGCAUAACUAAACUUGAAGUAUGGACGAUAACGUGUUUGCUAACGAUAUUAAACUCUGUCAGACACUAUUACAGCGGAUAGUAGACUAAGCGUGGAGCUUGCAUUCGGGUCGAUGUCCAGUUCAUGGAGAUGGGUCCAAUGGCGCGUGUACAAAGCUCAUGAAGGCACAAAUCUCGUGCUAGAGGGAAACCCCAGUUUUGUUUGUCUUUGUCCCACGUAUUAGAGCGUGUUGUAUGACGUCAUCCAAGCUGUGAAUAAUCGUGUAUUUAGUUAUUUGUAUAUUGGUGGAUAUUGUUGUGCUGUUUUAGUAUAUACGCAAGUAAUUGUAUCAGUAUAAAUAAUAAAUGAAUGUUUUGUGAAUAAUCUUUAGAUAAUCCCUUGUUAAAAUUUAGGAGUUCUAAUUUUACGAUAGACCCAUUUAACAUGUUAAGCGAACAUCAGACGCGUUUAUGUCCAGGAAAUAUAUAAGAAGCUAUAUUCUACAUUAACAUCGUCAAAAGAUGUUUUCAUUAGAAUUUCUCUAAUAAGCGUUCAUUAACUCUAAGUAA